AUGGAUUUAACAGAAUUUGAUUCAUCGUGUAACAAUGAACUGACAUCAUCAGCGCUUAAACUUGUCAUGGAGAUAUCAAUUAAUAAAUUGCGUAAUUUUCAAAAUACUUUACAAUCACCAGUGGGACAACAACCUAUGAAAGCAGCAGCAACAGAAAAUAGGAAUAUUUCUGUGUCUAACAAUAACGGCAAUAGUAGUUCAGAAUCUAUGCCACGUGUCACUUCAAGACGAACAUCGAGUACCUUUUCACCGAGUAAUCGAUUAUAUAGAGUUAUGGUGAUUUUAAAAAUUGCUAAAAAGGCUAGAUCGAUUUUACUAACUCAAGAAGCUAUGAACACUUUGCCGACAAACGUUAACAAUGAUAAUAAUAAUAAUAGUGUUAAAGCAAUAAAUAACCAUGAUACACUACCAUCCGAAAGAAUAUCUACCAGUCAUUCCGAUAGUGGGGAACAAUGUAAUCUUUUAAAUGCUGUCAAAUCAACCACUCCUCUUCCAAUAAAUUCAUCCUCUGAAAUGCCUGUUUUACAUUCAACUAAUCCUAAUGAACAAAGAUAUAAAAGAAUAUCUGACUGCAAUUCAGAUGAUUCCUCUGUUACAAGUAACAAAAGAGUGUUUGAUUCUAAUCUGUCUAUUUGGACACCUGAAAAUCCUGUAUUAUGUAAUCCUGAAAGUCAAGAAGAACAGUUACGUAAUAGUCAUGAUUGUCAGAUAAAUGUACAACAUGUAUUAGUGUCCAGAGUAGAAAAUGAUAAUGAUGGCGUCAAGAUGGAAGAUGAGAAUACAACAGCUGAUGAUGAAGUCGACACUGAAGGUUCUGAUGAGGAUGUCGAAGAUGAUGAUGAAGAGGAGGAGGACGAUGAGGACGAGGGGGCAGACAGUUCUACUCCAAACUAUCAAGAUCAAUAUUCAUUGAGCAGAUGUCGAAUGAUUGUUCAACCAGCUGAUAUACAUACACUAGAAAAUAAUCGAACUACAUCAACUGAAUGCUUACGUUCUUCCAAUAGUAAUGCAUUACAACAACAAGUAUCGCAUACAAUGGAUUAUAAUGAAAUGAAUCAUGAUUGUGGAAGAGAUAUGUGUAUUUGCCUAUCAAAUUCACCUAAUUCAAGACCAUUGAUUACAGGAAUUAUAUAG